ACACAUACACACUCAUGCUUGGAGGAGACCGUCUGCAAAAUUACAUGCAGACUUUUUGCAACACGGCUGAAAGCAGGGAGGCGAAGCCCUCUUCCUCGAUCCGCUCGGCCGCCCACAGGCUUGCGGGACUCCUUUUGCAGAUGGAGUGAGGAAAGAGAGGGAGUGUUGAGGGUUGUUUCGCUGGAGCACGUGGACAUGGCACACACGGUGAAGACGCCACUGCGGAGGUCCUUCAGCGAGCACGUCAAGGAUUCCACCAACAAGGCUUGGGACAUAUUCUGGAGAAGUGCACGAGAGAAGCGUCUAUCAGAGAUUGAAGUGAAGGAGGCUUGUGAUUGGCUCAGAGCAGCUGGCUUCCCCCAGUAUGCACAGCUCUUCAAAGAUUGCCGCUUCCCCAUUGACAUAGACUGGGUGAAGAGUGAUCAUGAAUUCCUGGAUACUGAUUCUAUAGACUCUCUCUGCAGGAGAUUAGGCACGUUAAACAAAUGUGUUGAGAUGAAGCUGGAACUGGGCAGAUGCAAACGGAGGAGUGAGGAUGGUGAGUAUGAGGAACUAUAUGCCAUCAGCCCUAAGUGGUCCUAUGACAGGAAGACUAGGUGCUGGAUUCGAAUGGAUGGUAUGGACUUCCUGCCAUCUGCGGACAUCCCUGCCUCCAGCCUGAGGCAAUCGCGAAGUUGCGAGGCUUCUUUGUGGGAUGGUGGCGAGCACCACGAGACCCUCUCCACGCACAGCUCCAGCAGCGGUGACAGUGAUGGGGGAGCCAGUGCCCACAGGUCCCCCAGAGAGACCAGGAUGAGCCGAAGCUCCUCCUCAUCGACCUUCAAGCCCCAGUCCCCUGAUGGCCCCUGCAGUGGGCCACCGUCCCCCAGCGAGCCUGAGAGCAUGCAUGGAGAAGAGUGCUUUCCUGACAGGCUGUCUCUUAAGAAGGGCCAAGGCCUGCUCCGGAAGGUGGAGAAGCUAAGGCUCCGGGGAUCCACUCAGUGGUCUCACGGCCGCAACGAGCGAGGCCACUUAGUCAUCAGUAGUCCUGUGAUACAGGAGGGCCAGGGUGAGGGCAUGCUUGAGCAGCUUAAUGCCGUGGGGCUGCGGGACAAGCCUAGCAGCCCAGCAUCAUGCUCACCGCCUUCAGGCUGCAGCAGCAGUCCAUCUGAGAACAGCAGUGUUGCCAGCACACCAAGCCCCAUUGCAAAGGUCCGCAGCAACUGCAAGCCUCUAGACUUGUGCGGUCAGGUGAGAGAGCACCCCCACUUGGGCGAGCGGGAGCUACACACACGUGACCUCAAUGCCAACGCCAUCUUCAAGAUUCCGCCCGGGCACAAGCCAGGCACGUUCCCCACUGCCCUGGGCCACAGUGCCAUCCUCCCUCCCAUUGACAACACCUCCGUCAACUGGAGAACUGGGAGCUUCCAUGGCUACCGCGGCCGCAGGUGCAGAAGCAGCAGCUCCAAAGAACUGGAGCCAGUCUGUAGCCCCUUGGCAACGUACGACCACCGCGUCAGCAUUUACGACAAUGUCCCGGACAAUCUGCAAAUCAUGGACGACGACGUGUUCUCAGCCAUGGACAGCGUCAUGGAGCGGAUUAGCGGACUGCAGCAGCUGGUCACCUCCUGGACAGAGAAACUGUCUGAAGAUGGAGAUUCUGACUUCUCCCACUCCAGCUCACCUUCACCCUCCUCUCUGACUGACAUCCAUCUGGAGAUCAAAGAGCCGGGCGAAGCAGAUCAGACACGCCCAGAGCAAAGCUACGACAAGAGCUCAUGGGCACUGACGCACACCCAUCAGCGCAGCAAAUACCCUUCUCGCACACAGAAGCUUCUCUGGUCCAGUGAACAGGCCUUCACAGCAAAUGCAGCCAAGCCGGGCGCAGAGGCCCAGCUCGCCCCAAGCAUCUCUGUGCUGCGGAGGCUCAGUUUGCUUCGGCUCACAUCUCUGAUGGACAAGCACUCCCCCUUCAGCAAGCAAGGCUGGAACUGGACGGUGCCCAAAGUGUACAGAAAGGUAAAGGCAUCUGAGCAUAAGGGCAGGAAGGUGUUCGGGGUGCCUUUGCUCCACAGUGUCCAGCAGUCAGGAAAGCCUCUGCCCCCAAGCAUCCUCAGAGCUAUGGAGUACUUAAAGACCGAAUGUCUGGAUCAGGUUGGCCUCUUCCGGAAAUCUGGGCUCAAAUCCCGAAUUCAGUACCUGAGGGACAUGGUAGAGGCUGACCCUGACAACUUUUCCUUUGAGGACCAGUCGGCCUUUGACGUAGCCGACAUGUUGAAGCAAUAUUUCCGAGACCUGCCUGAGCCGAUCUUCUCAAGCAAGCUGUGCGAGAGCUUCCUGCACAUCUACCAGUACUUCCCAAAGGAUCAGCAGUUUGCGGCGGCCCAGGCAGCAAUCUUCCUCCUGCCAGAUGAAAACAGGGAAGCCCUUCAGAGCCUGCUCUUCUUCCUCCAAGACGUGGUGGCCUGUGUGCAAGAAAACCAAAUGACCCCCACCAAUAUUGCAGUGUGUCUGGCACCUUCUCUGUUCCAUCUCAACGUUCUCAAGAGAGACUGCACCAGCUCCAGGUCAAGCCAAAGGAAGUACAGCUUGGGGAGGCCAGACCAGAGGGAUCUGAGUGAGAAUCUGGCUGCUACUCAGGGACUGGCCCAUAUGGUGACUGAGUGCAUCCGACUCUUCCAGAUGCCACACUACUGGGAGGAACAGAACCCAAGCACCUUUUGCGAAGACAUCCUUAAUAUGGAUGGGAGCUUCAGCUCUCAUCUGUGCAGUGAUGAGACUGAUCUGGCAGACCGUUCCAGACUGGACCUCUGUGUACAGCAGCUCAUCAGGGAGGCCAGGGAGAAGCCCAAAGGCUGGGUCACCUGCUCCACAUCCGACCACGUGGAUGUGGCAUUUAAAAAGGUGGAGGACGGCUACCCCUUGCCACUGUGGAGGGGGGUGGUGGAUGUGGACGCUUCGCAGCACGAUGUCCUCCAGCGCGUCCUGAGGGAAACAGGGCAAUGGCAGAGUGACUUGGAGCACAGCGAGGUGGUGGAGACCUUGGACAAGCAGGCAGAAGUCUAUGAGUACACCCUGCAGGCAGCUGGGGCUAGGCCACCACUGCAGCAUGUGCUGCUUAGGACCUGGAACUCCGAUCCCUCCUCAGGACCAUUAUUUGUGGCGGCCACUUCGGUGGAACAUGGCGACAUCCCAGCCAGGGGGGUCAUAGCUCAAGUGCUCUGCUCUCUGUUUCUGGUGGAGCCGAUGGGGGCAAAAAGGUCACGGCUCACAUACUUCUGCCGGAUGGAUACCAGGGGCCGAUCUCCAGAGUGGCAUCAUAAAGUUGGUGGACACCUGGUUUCAGCCUCCCUGGUGGCAAUUAGGGACUCCUUUAGACCCAAGAUGAAAGAUUCCAGGGCAUGAAAGGAGUACAAAGAGCGAUUAUUGUAACCCUGGACAAUUUCAUAACCCCUGAGACUACCUGCUAGACCCUGCUCACAAAAAAAAAAAGGGGGGGGGGGCGGAUAUGGCCAUCUGCGAGAGGGCCAGGUAGGAGGAAUGGGAUCUCCAAAGCUGUUCUGAAGGGAGCACCGGGAAGACUUACGGAACCAUUCGAAUGCAGAGCCAAUUCACCCUGCCAAUGAGAAACAACAACAGUAUGAUGAGAUGCUGCAAGAGCAGGUCCACUUGGCUUUAUCGAGACUGACAAGGGAGAGUGUCAGAGUAAUGAAACGUCUCAUCCCAUCUGAAAGACCGUUCCCGAGGGCUAAUGCAGCGCUAAGGUUGUCUCCGACACUCUCGCUAUACACAGCUUUUUUUUUUUUUUUUUUUUUUUUUUUUUUAAUCAAGCGUUAAGAGAAGUACUAGGGGACAAUGUGAAGAUCUACUUCUUGGUUGGGGUGGAGAUGCCUUGUAAGAAUUCUUUUGUACAUUGGUGACUGUGACACUGAUUAGUCUAGGUAUGUGCUGGAAAGUGUAGCAUAGACAUAUUUAUAUUUAUGUUUGAAGGUGUGUCUGAUCAAGCUAAGCACAUCCAUCUGUAUGUGACGUGUUAUAAAGUCCUUUGAAGUUGCUGACUAAAUACCUGUAGUCCCUUUAAAUAAUACUGCAUUUCACUUUUUAUAGAGUUUAUUUGUACAUAUUUAAAAAUUAUUCAUUUUAUUCAAUUUAUAAAUAUUUUAUGCCAAUUUAAUAUAAUUUAAUGUGACCUACUAAACGUUACAGAAAAGAUUAUUUAAACAUAUAUAAGAAAUUAAACAAAUUAAACAGCCUUUUAAGCUAACCAGUUCUACUCAACAGCAUUCAUUGUCCAGUGUACUUUUCAGUAAAUCUGAGUUGUCUUACACUUCUCAGCACAAAUUCUGUUUUAGGACCUUUUUUUGCACGUGAAAUGUAGCCCAUGCAUUAAGUUGCUUCAAUUAUGAACAUUUGUGUUUCAAAAACAAACUCAUAUGGAACACAUCAUUGUUCAUGUUCAAGAAAUAAAAAAGGUGCUGCAAAUAA